UAUGACCUUGGCUGAGUCAAAGCUUUGAAGCGAGUUUGGGGAGCUCGGCAGCAUCAUGCUUAGACUUUUCAAAGAGACAAACUCCAUUUUCUUAUGAAUGGAAAGUGAAAACCCCUGUUCCGCUUAAAUUGGGUUCCUUCCUGUCCUGAGAAACACAGAGACCCCCAAAAGGGAAGCAGAGGAGAGAGAGAGACCCACACCCAGACCCCGCGAGAAGAGAUGACCAUGACCACCAUGCCAGAAAGUCUCAACAGCCCCGUGUCGGGCAAGGCGGUGUUUAUGGAGUUUGGGCCACCCAACCAGCAAAUGUCUCCUUCUCCCAUGUCCCACGGGCACUACUCCAUGCACUGUUUACAUUCGGCGGGCCAUUCGCAGCCCGACGGCGCUUACAGCUCGGCCUCGUCUUUCUCCCGACCGCUGGGCUACCCCUACGUCAACUCGGUCAGCAGCCACGCGUCCAGCCCCUACAUCAGUUCGGUGCAGUCCUACCCGGGCAGCGCCAGCCUCGCCCAGAGCCGCCUGGAGGACCCAGGGGCUGACUCCGAGAAGAGCACGGUGGUGGAAGGCGGUGAAGUGCGCUUCAAUGGCAAGGGGAAAAAGAUCCGCAAACCCAGGACGAUUUAUUCCAGUUUGCAGUUGCAGGCUUUGAACCGGAGGUUCCAGCAAACUCAGUACCUAGCUCUGCCCGAGAGGGCGGAGCUCGCGGCCUCCUUGGGACUCACGCAGACGCAGGUCAAGAUCUGGUUCCAGAACAAGCGUUCCAAGUUCAAGAAACUGAUGAAGCAGGGCGGGGCGGCUCUGGAGGGUAGCGCACUGGCCAACGGCCGGGCGCUGUCUGCCGCCUCCCCGCCAGUGCCGCCCGGCUGGAACCCCAACACCUCAUCCGGGAAGGGCUCGGGCGGCAGCGCGGGCUCCUACAUCCCCAGCUACACGUCGUGGUACCCCUCGGCGCACCAAGAAGCUAUGCAGCAACCCCAACUCAUGUGAGGUUGCCCGCCCGCACCCUCCCGCCUCCUUCCCGUCUCCCCCGGCCCGGGCCCCUCCCGCCUCCCGGUCCAUCCACCCUGUCCGCAAGCCCU